AUGUCUCAAAUAAUUACCAAAUUUCCUAUUGACAUAUUAUAUGAUAUUAUUGAACAAGUGGAUGAUGGGGCGUCCUUAUUCUCGUGUUUGUUAGUUAAUCGAAGUUGGUGUAAAAUCACUGUUCGACUUUGGUGGAAAACUAUCCAAAACUUUAAUACCUUGGUCGCUUGUUUACCUAGCGAAUCAAUAGCGACCUUACGUAGUAACUUAGUUUUGGUCUCAACUCCAACUCCUAAACCCUUGUUAUUUAAUUACGCGACUUUUGUAAAAUUUCUUUCGUUUACUGACAUCAAAGAUAAAGUUAGAGGGCUCCUUUUAAACCAAAACGUUACCGCCUCAUGUGCACGUAAAUUAUUAACGCUCGAAGUAUUGGUUAUGUUGUUGGGUCAAAGUACUUUAAAAAAAUUGAACGCGAACACCAAAUGCAUUCCUAGUAUCGAAUACACCACUUAUCCUAGAGAUUGUUUUAGAGACCUUACGGAAAUUAGCUGUCGCUCAGAUAUAUGCUCAGAUUUCCUGGAUCAGGUGUCCCAAUUAUGUCAAACCAUACGAUCAAUGGACGUCAAGCUUGAAUUAAAAGUAUCAGAUGGAAUUAAAAAGCUGAUAUCGGUUCAGAAAAAUUUGAAGUUCUUUAGAAUAGUCUUCUUACAUCGUGAAAGUUUGGAAGAAUUAAUCCCCUCAUUGACAAAGCAUUCAUCCACUUUAAUCAAAUUGGAAAUCGACACCUUUCAAAUCACAAAGUCAUUAUUGUUCCUCGCCGAUUUCUUAAAUUUGCAAGAGCUCGUCCUACAAUACUAUUGCGAUUAUUUAGAAGAUUUCAAAACGUUACAACAUGUUACCUUUCCAAAGUUGAAAAGUUUGAAAUUCAAAAGAGGUGUACCAAAAUAUGAAUAUUUGAUAAAUUUCUUGGAGUUGAAUGGCAAACGGCUGGAAACGCUCGAUAUCGAUUGCUAUGGUCAUAAUUCGUUAAAUUUGGCUAUAGCAAACUUUUGCCAAAAUCUGAGGUCGUUAAGUACCAUCUUUAUGAAAGAAGAAGGGAUAACUCUUAAAUCAAUUUUAGUUAAUUGUCAAAAUUUGCAAAGUGUUCACCUUAGGUCCAAUGAUCGUUAUUUGGACGUGAGUGAGAUUUUUGAGAUCGUCGUAAAGCAUUCCUCCAAAACUUUCACCGAGUUGAAAUUGGAUUUUGGAAUAGUUUCGGAAUUGUCUCCAAAGGAAUUAGAUAUCUUUUUUUCCAAUUGGAUGAAUCGCGUACCGCGAAAUCCCAUCUCUUUUAUCAUCGUGAUUCGUUAUUUUGGUGACAUUACAAAAGAAAAUAUGAAAAAUGUUGCCGAUGGUAGCGGCGAUGACAGUGAAGAUGAACAUUUGUAUGUUACGUUUUAUAGAAGAACCACUAGAUUAUAG